GGCGUGCGUCCCGGAGCCUCGCGACGUUGGCCGUCCGUGCUUCUGGCAGCUUAGUGGCAGCAUGGCCACGGUGGCAGCGGCGGCCCGCGGGGCCGGGGCGAGGGCGGCGGCAGGUUUGCGGAGCGGUGGCAGGGCUGUGGCUCGAGAACGACCGCGCGCGGGCUGCGCUCGGCGCCUGUGCACUGCCCCGGCUGCCCCAGCUGCCGUGGACAUGAAAAGCUACCUGUGGGCGCGCUACCACGAGGCGAAGAGGAGCACUGACGAAUUGGUUCCAUCCAUCAUGAACAACUUGCUGAAUCCAGACGCCAUUUUCUCGAACAAUGAGAUGAGCCUGUCAGACAUCGAGAUAUACGGCUUCGAUUACGAUUACACCCUGGUGUUCUAUUCCAAGCACCUCCACACACUCAUCUUCAACGCUGCCCGGGACCUUCUCAUCAAUGAACACAGGUAUCCUGCGGAGAUCAGGAAGUAUGAGUAUGACCCAAACUUUGCCAUCCGGGGACUCCAUUACGACGUCCAGCGGGCAGUGUUGAUGAAGAUUGAUGCUUUUCAUUACAUCCAGAUGGGAACAGUAUACAGAGGCCUCAGUGUUGUCCCUGAUGAAGAAGUCAUAGACAUGUAUGAGGGGUCCCACGUGCCCUUGGAGCAGAUGAGUGACUUUUAUGGAAAGAGUUCUCACGGGAACACCAUGAAGCAGUUCAUGGAUAUCUUCUCGCUGCCCGAGAUGACCCUACUGUCCUGUGUGAAUGAGCACUUCCUGAAGAACAACAUCGACUAUGAGCCUGUGCACUUGUACAAAGAUGUCAAGGACUCCAUAAGGGAUGUCCACAUCAAAGGGAUAAUGUACCGAGCAAUCGAAGCGGAUAUUGAGAAGUACAUCUGUUAUGCUGAUCAGACUCGUGCAGUGUUGGCUAAACUGGCAGCCCACGGCAAGAAGAUGUUCCUCAUUACCAAUAGCCCAAGUAGCUUUGUAGACAAAGGGAUGCGGUACAUCGUGGGGAAGGACUGGCGAGACCUGUUCGAUGUGGUCAUAGUUCAGGCCGAGAAACCCAACUUCUUCAAUGACAAGCGGAGACCCUUCCGAAAGGUGAAUGAGAAAGGUGUCUUACUCUGGGAUAAAAUCCACAAGCUGCAGAAAGGCCAGAUCUACAAGCAGGGCAAUUUGUAUGAAUUUCUGAAGCUCACUGGAUGGAGAGGAUCCAAAGUACUGUAUUUUGGUGACCACAUCUACAGCGAUCUGGCGGAUCUGACCCUCAAGCACGGCUGGCGCACUGGAGCGAUCAUCCCGGAGCUUCGUUCUGAGCUCAGGAUCAUGAACACGGAGCAGUACAUCCAGACCAUGACCUGGCUGCAGACCUUGACGGGGCUCCUGGAGCAGAUGCAGGUCCACAGAGACGCUGAGUCACAGCUGGUUUUGCAGGAGUGGAAAAAGGAGAGGAAGGAGAUGAGAGAAAUGACCAAAAGUUUCUUCAAUGCCCAGUUUGGGAGCUUGUUCCGCACAGACCAGAAUCCAACCUACUUCCUGAGGCGGCUGUCGAGAUUCGCUGACAUCUACAUGGCUUCUCUGAGCUGCCUCCUGAACUAUGACGUCCACCAUACAUUCUACCCCAGGAGGACUCCUCUGCAACAUGAACUCCCUGCGUGGUCAGACAGCCCGUCUGCCUUCAAAGCCCCUUUGCUGCAGGAGGCUCAGGCCAAGUAAUCCUCUGUUUGCCUGAGGAAAAAGCCAGAGGCAUUCGUGGCCUCACAGAGGGUCAGGUAGCCUGAGAGUUGCUUCCCAGAGUCAGAUGCGCCUUUUGUAUUUUUUCUACCUUACUAUGAAUACUGUCCUGUCCAGGUUGAGACAGGAGCUGGCCGCCUGGGGCCUCCCAGCCCUUCUCCACACAACUGUGAAACACCGAUGAGAUCUUGUUUAUUGUGGAACCAGCAACAUCAGGCCCCUUGAUGAGUGAGACCUUUUGAUGGCUUCUGACAAGUGAGACCUUGAUGGCUGCCUGUGUUCCGUAGGUCAAGAGUGGACACUUCUUGAUUCUGUGAGACAUGUCUUGGUUGUUUACAAGCAGCACUGGGGACCGCAAGGGCAUGAUGAUCUGCAGCGACAACAGAAAGCAGGUUACUGCAGGAGCAGCCCUACCUGUGGCCAGNNCCCCCCCCCCCCAUCUCAUGGUCCUAGGCUUUCAAAGACAUUUUCCCAUAGAAUCCACGGCCUCUUGGAAUGACUUUGUUGAGGGAGAACAAGAAGCAUUUGUCACAGUGUCUACCUGCUUUGUCUGCCCCAAAGGGGUAAUGGGUGGGCUCCCUCCUCCCUAGGAAAGGUGGGAGAAGACAGCCACUCGCGCUAAAAUUGCCUUUCAGCCAGUGUGUUGGACAUUAUAGAAGACAAGAAAGACUCAGCCUGUGGCCAGUGGCCAGGGCUAGCCUAUGGCCAGGGCUAGCCUGCGUGUUAGACAUCCAGCAUAGACAGCUUGCCAUUGGAACAACGCCACAUUUCAUGCUGAGAGCCAAGCUGGGGACAUCUCUUCUGCCCUUCCCCCUCUGGAGGGAAGAAUCCUUGAUUACAUCUGAUUGUAGUAGCUUUGAACACUUUUGCUGCUUGGGCACCACAGGAGUGGCUGCUGUUAUCGACAGUUCUGUUUAAUGGCGUUCUCAUUGCAGACACCACGUUCAUUGCAAAUGCCACGAAAGUGCUCGUGGCCAUAUUAGCCUCGUCUCACGUGGCCUGACUCAUUUUAAGCUUCCGCGCUCAUGUGGUGCUGUUGCUGCUGCUGCUAUAGCUGCUGCUCCCCCCCCCCCCCGCGCACACACACACACACACACACACACACACACACACACAGGUAGGGUCUUGCUUUGAAGCCUGGCCUGGCCUCGGACUUAAUUCUCCUGCCUCAGCCUCCUGAGUGUCGUAUUGCAGGCAUGCAACUGUAUGUGCAUGCAGAAGUGUAAAGAAAGGCAGGACCAUGACGGAGACUUGUGGCGAGCACUUGCGCUCUGGCAUCUUUACCUCAAUGAGUAGAUCUUAACCAGCUGUUUAGGGGCUGCUUCCUUGGCCUGUUACAGACUGCCUGGCAAGGUGCAGAGGUUAAACGAGCUGUGCAGCAUUCACUGUAAUGCUGUGUCUUAGCACGGGAUCUUUGAUGUUGGUAGUAUUUAACAUUGUUGUCAAGGGGACCCUUCAGCCUCCUUCCCCCCUUGUGUUCUAAACACUGGGGUUCAGUAUUCUGCUCCUUUUUAGAAUGAGAUGGGCAUUUUUCUGUUCCUGUGUUCCCGUUCCCCAGUGUUAGCCACGGGGGGGGGGGGGGGGGUUUGGCAGCUGCUCAGUGUCAGGGUCCUAAAAGGAUGCAUGUUGCCUGGGAUGCCCCUAACUUGUGCUUGUAGGAGGAAUCUUUGGUCGAAUUGUCUGUUCUUCUGGUGUGGACAGUUUCGAGGGUUUAUUUACUCAAGAUUGAGGUAGCGAUGCUUUCUUAUGCCUACAGUGGGCAACCUGAGCCUUGGGGGAGGGAGCAUCUCCUGGGUUUGAGAAGUGAAUUUUAUAGCCUAUUCCUGUGUACAGGGAUCACAGUCCCGAGGUCACCAAGUAUGGCAGUACUGGGAUCAGCUGGGCUGUCGCACCAGACAUGCAGCUGACAGACUGCACACUCAAACCGUGAUCUGGCAGCGUGGCUGGCACAGCAUCCCUGUAGGAAGAACAGGGCGUUUCCCCUGUGUUACUGUCCUCAUCUAGUGCAGCCGGGACAAGUUUUACCUUGUCCCUGGGACUCUUGGCUGGGGGGUCUGACCUGCUACACUAUAUUGUUCUUUCUAGAGUAUUCUUUUUUGUACAUGUUGAGGACAGUACAAGGGGAGGUGGGUCUUUUUUCCACCUUUAAAAAAAUCAAAUUGUAAACUGAACAGUAAAAUUAUUUUUAAUGUCUUUAAUUUAUAGGGUUUUUUUUUUUUUGACAUUGCUUAGACUGAUUUCUUAGAAUCAUGUGAACAAUUCAGUCUAAGGGUGGUCCCUGCCAGCGUGACGUCCAGCAAGGUCACGGUGCCAGCAGGGGCCACUGGAGUGGUCCGCACUGCUGGGGGUUUCUCAGAGUUGGUUUUUCAGGGGAGAGCUGGCUUUAAAAAUACCUCAGGUUCUGGGUAUUUAAAGCUCUUGCUUUUCCUCCUAAGAUAGCACACCCUCCCCUUCCCUCCCCUCUUCCUCCCCCCCUCCUUUCUUCACCUUCUCUCCUCCUCCCUCUUUCUUCCCUCUUUCCCCCUCCCAUCCUCUCCUCUCCUCCUUUGGCUCUACCCAUGCCUGUCUCUGUCGUGUUCCCGCUUCACCAUUAGUACACCUGCUGCUGAUUUGGUCAGAUCGCAGACUAAAUUAUAGGUUGCUUUGAACCAUCAGCCCUCUCGUUUAUUGCAAUGAGGGAGAAGUGAAAAGCUCUUGUGCCAUCUACCUAAUAUAGCUUUGGGUGAACUAAAUGGCUUUCCCCUCCCUUCAGCAAGUGCUAAACACUACAGUUCCACUUUAUCCAAAUGCUCUCUUGCUGCCAAAAGCCUACUUGGGGGCUCUCGACUAAAAUGCUCAAGAGACUACAUUUGGCCAGAUGCAGGGCUCCUGGGUGGUUCUCUUCAGUUGCUUAGGGAGCCCAUCCAUUCUUUCCCCUCCUGAGGACAUUCUUUUGUUAUUUUGGGACAGGGUCUCAGUGUGUAGCUCUGGCUGGUCUAGAAGUUACUAUGUAGAGAAGGUUGGCUUCAAACUUAUAGAGAUCUGCUUGCCUCUGCCCCCACAGAGUGUAGGGAUAAGAGGAAUGUACCACCGGACCUGGCAUGAUUUCCUUUCAUUGGGUGGGUUUUUUCUCUCUCCCUUAUUUUCAUGUUAUUUAUUUAUUUGUGUUUUUGGCCUUACUAUUUGUGAGCGAGGUUCUUGAGUUCAGCUAACGUUUUAGACCACGGAUAGGUUAAGCAAAGGGAAGGAAGAGGAGGGCCCCCUUUCUAAUAAGGGAACCAUUUGCAGCUUUGCAGGUGGCUCCUGUUGUGGCUUCUGUAGAAAUGGAUACACUGUGCUAUUGGGCUUCGAUUCACCAGCCCAGGGUGUGGCUUGCUGCCUCCGGCUUGGAUGGCAAGAUUCUCUGCUUAGAGCUGGUGCAGCAGCCUUCCACCUUGGGUACAGUUAGUGUAAGGUCUAAGCCAGUGUGCUGAGUCCCCUUAGCUGCCCUGGCUCGGCACAGCCAGCGCUAAGCCGAGAUUGCUUCACUGUGUGGAUUUAAGCUAUGAGUUGUUGCCCCUUUUCAUUAUUCUGCUGGGCCCAGGACAGAAGGCCAACUCAUCCCAGGGGCUGGAGUGUGGCUGGCUGAUGGGUUUCUCCGCCUUGCCUCAGAUCACAUGCCUUUCCUGGGGGUGUUUACUCCAUGACUGUUCCCUGUGAAGGGAGGAUGGCCUGGUCUCUCCAACACUACUUUGGGCACAGCUCCAGAGCUCCCUCUGGGGCUCCUAAGACCUUCCUGUGCUUGCCUUGCAAAGGAUCUUGCCCUCCCGGGUGUCCAUCCCAGCAGUGUCCCUCAGAAGGCCUUCCUGCAUGAAGCUUUUGUCUCCAGUCUGCUCCUCCAAAAGCGCUCCCGCAUUCUCCUGUUAGCGCAGGCUUGAGCUCCAUUUCCUCACUGUGUCGUGUCGUGGGAUGACUGUGCCUGUGUGGUAUCAGGCAUGAUAAAUGCAAAGUAGGUUUACUAUUUAUUUGGAAUGUGAAUUUGCUAUUUAUUCUACGUGUUGAUUGUCUAUGUUGUGAUAAUGAACUUAAAGCCAAAUAAAAGCUUGAGUUGUA